AGAACUCUCGAAGACAAAAGGGUCCAACUUUUUCCUUCUUUUUCACUCUCUCUCUCUCUCUCUCUCUUUCUCUCUCCUCUUUCAGUGCAAAUCAUGACUUUCUCUCUCUCUCUCUUUCCUCCUCUCCCUAAAUCCUAAUCCCCUACACUCCUCCUCUUUCCAUUUUCUUUCUUUUUCUUCAACCCAACAAUGAAAAAACAAAAAGAAGAAGAAAAUCAAUUCUCCUACAACAAUUACUAUCCAUGUAGUACUAAAUCCUCAAAUACCAUUACUAGGUAUAAUUAGACGCUAUUUUAGUACUAUCAAGUUUCUAUUUCGAUUAGUACCCUCCAAAGAUUCUUUCACCUAUAUAUCUCUCUUUCUCUCUGAGCUGACCUGAGCAGUGAGAGAGAGACCAACCUUUUCUCUCUUUUUUUUUUCUUUUUUUUUUUUUUUUAUUUCUUUCACACACAGCCCAACCCUAAAAGCCCAUGCUUUCUCUUUCUCUCUCUAUAUGUUAAAUUCCAUUAUCCAAUCUCUCACCACCAUCACCGACCUCUUGGCCCAUCACCGACCUCACCUCCUCUAUUCUAGGGUUUCCUUUCCUUUCUUUCUUUCUACUUUCUCUCUUUUUUCUUUUUUUUUUCUUUUUUUUUUUCUUUCUAUUUUUAUGUAAUUAUUGAUUCUUUUUUAGGCUGAUAUAUAUACAUAUAUUCCUCCGAUCUCUUCCUUCUCUUUGAAGAUUAGCUUCACUCUCUAUCUUUCAUGGAUUCCCUUUAAAUUCUAUGUGGAUUCUCAGUAUAUCUCGCCGUCAAAAUCUAGGGUUUUUCUAGGGUUUUUCCUUUAAUAUGUGGCUUAGUGUUUACUGGGUCGACUUUAGUAUCACUCAAUUUGAUCGAAUCUUUUUCCUUAUCUGAAUUUCAAUUGGGUAAUUUUUUUUUUUUUUUAAGUGGCAAAAAAAAUUAAAAAAUUAAAAUUGUCAUUCAUGGCGUACCAGUCGAUUCCGGGUCCAGGUUCGGGAUCGAGUUCGGGUUCUGGGUAUCAGUUCUUGAAUUCCCCUUUUGGUGAUACAACUUAUACGAAGGUGUUUGUUGGGGGACUUGCUUGGGAGACACAGAGCGAGACUAUGCGACGCUAUUUCGAGCAGUUCGGUGAGAUUCUUGAGGCUGUCGUUAUCACUGAUAAGAAUUCCGGUCGAUCAAAAGGCUAUGGUUUUGUAACUUUUCGCGACCCGGAUUCUGCUAGGAGAGCCUGUGCUGAUCCUACCCCAAUUAUUGAUGGCAGGCGAGCAAAUUGUAAUUUGGCUUCACUAGGGCGACCUCGGCCUCCUAUGCAUUAUGGACGUUUGAGACCACCAGGCCCAUACAUCGGAAAUAUGCAAGCCGCCCGAGGGGCUUACGUUGGAAGUUUUGGCUACCAGCAACCAGUUUCUUAUGGCUACCAACAAGGAUUAAUGUAUCCUCCUUAUGGGUAUGCAACAUAUGGACCUGAAUAUGUGUAUCCACAGGGUGGUGUUUACAACCCUUAUGCAGGUCAGCAAUAUCUUCAGAUUUAUGGAGUACCUGGGACAGUUAACACUGCUGUUUAUCCUUAUGGACAAAUGGGUCAAACAAUUCCUGGUGGUCAUGGUUAUACAGCAGUGCCCAGUUAUGCUAUGCCAGGUCAUCAAAUAGUACAGUUUGGUGGACCCGGUGUUAAUGCAAUAACAACUUCGCCUAUGCCUACAAUUCAAUCACCAUAUCCUACAGGUAUAGCAGCACCUGUUGCAGCACAACCACAGUUUAUAGUUCCUGCUCCUUCUCCUCAGUAUAUGCAAGGUAGCGGUUCGGACCAAACAACUGGGUGAGGGGUUGAUCAAGGUAUCCUUAGAUUGCAGCAGGACUAAGAGCAGCGGAACUGCUACUUGAGUGGCGGGCUUCGGAUCUAGCCUUGCAAAUUAAAUAUUUUGCAUUCUAGAGGUCAUACAUAGUCAUGCUCACCAGAGAAGUCAAAUGUCUGAGUCGCUCCAGAUGGCGGAGAAGGGAUGUGGAAGAUGCGGGCUGCACUUCCAUUAGGACCUUUACCCUAGUUUAUUUAAACCCUCAUAUAAUGCCCCUGCUCAGGAAGAGUAGCAGGCAUUCAUGGAUUGAUGGGUGCUGGAAUCGGUUUCUAGCACCCAUGUAGUAAUAAAACUCUGUAAAAAUCAUCAUUUAGAAUCAACAUAUGAUUCUUUUAUAGUCUAGUCCCUGCAUUUUGGGUGUAUAGAUAGUCUCUGGUGCUCUGUGUGGUGUUGGGUCCAUUGUAUUUAUAAAUGAUUUGUGUUCUGUUCUGUGCAUAUUAGUGCUAGGAUUUUUAUUGGAAAAACAUUAACUCUUGCAUCUUGGAUGAUUUUAUUGAGGGCCUGGCUUCAAAACAUGGGAGAAGCUUCAGGUAUAUAUCCUAUUUGAGAAGAA